AUGGCUGCUGAGAGGGUGAUGGGUACACUGAUAGACGUGGUCAAAGAGGCAGUGCUAGCAGCAGUGAGAGAGGAACUUGCUGCACACAAGGAGGAGGUGGAUGAGCUGCAGAACAUGAUGAUUGCUGUGGAGGAGAGGAAUGCGGCGACUGCUGCUGCGAUGGGGAGGGAGUUGGCGGCAGUGAAAGGGGAGCUGGCUGCACACAAAGAGGAGGAGGGAGAUGAGUUGCGGCACACGCUGACUGUUUUGGAGGAGAGGUAUGAGGCAACCGUUGCUGUGAUGGAGGAGAGGGGAAGCAAGUUGGCAGCAGUGAAGAGGGAGGUGACUGCAGUUAAGGGGGAGUUGGCAGGAGUGAAGUCGUGGUUGGGUGAGCACUUGCAGUUGGAGGAGGCUGACAGGAGACGAGUGGCGGAGAUGAGGGAGAUGAGAAGGCAGGGGGGGGGAAGAGGAAAAGAGUUGGCUGCAGAAUCUGCACCAGUGAAGGGGGAGUUGGCUGAGCACAAGCAGUCAACUAUGUUGGAACAAGACAAGGCUGUAAGGAGACAAAUGGCAGAGAUGAGAGGGCAGGUGGAGGAGAGGGAGAGAGAUUUGACUGCGGUGAAGGGGGGUUUGGUUGAAAUCAAGGAUGCUAUGGCAGAACAAGUGAUCAUGGCUGAGAGAAUAAGACAGUUGGAUUUGAGAGAGCUACGAGAGGAGGCAAGAAAGGGCAAUCACCGCAGCAUCACAGGCGACCCAGCUGAACCUUAA